CACAUAAUAAUAAGUCAUUAAAAAGUAGUUUUUCAAAGGUUUUAUUUGACGAAAUAAAUUGAGCUUUUCGAGAAUAUGUCUGCAUCAUCAAAAAAGCAUAGGCGGAUGGUAGAAGAUGAAAUAUACGAAUUAAAGGAUAUUCAAUCAAACGAUGAUAAUUCCUCACUAAUUGAUUCACCUCGCCAGCAAAAAAAUUUAAAUUUGAAAAAACUACGACCAAAAAAUCGAAUAAGUUCACCACAAUUUUCACCCGAAUCAAAUAACGAAUCAUCCAUAACAUUAUCACCGAUAACGAAAAAUGCAUUUUUCGCUAAGGAUCCACACUCUCGUGGUACAACUCCUAAAUCAACAUCGGCAAAAAGUAGUUCAAUAUAUUCCGAUCAAUCAGAUCAAUCUCGACAUAUUCCAAACAUUAACGAAAAAUAUGAGAAAAGUUCAUCUAAUUUAUCGAAUGUGGAAGCACAAAGUAAUAUUUCUGAUAAAUCGAAUCUAAAAUUAUAUCGAGAACAAAUACGUAAUCGAUUUUUAUCUAAGAAACAACAAGCCGGUUUUACGGCAAUCAAAGCGAAAAAGCAUGAACGAAAGCGCAAACAUAAGACAAAAAAAUUUAAAAAUGAAAUUGAACUAGAAACUGAAGAUUCUUAUUUAAACAUUGAAUUGAGUAAUCAUUCAAAAAAACGUGAAUUACUUCGUAAAAAUAAAUCUGAAGAAGGUGAUUUAUUCGAUUGCCGUAUCAGUAUCACAGAGGAACCUCUAAAUGAUCAAAACAAUGAUAAGGUGGAAGAUAUCGAAUCGAAUCGACAAGAACAGACAAUAAUUGAAUUAUUACAUUUAGACGAGAAAGAAAUUGUAAGUUUUGUGAAGCCAGUAAUUUGCAAAGAAAUUUACAAUCCAAAAGAUUUGUGUGAAAUCGACAAGGAUAUUGAAAAUAUGAAAAAAAUUGACGAUGAUGUUGAGUUACGAUAUCUUGAGGAUGAAGGAUUUUAUGUUGGAGAGAAACCACCUAUUUCGAAAAAGAUGCUUACUAUUCUUGAAAGAAGACUUUUGGCUACAGGAAAUAGAAAUUGGUUUGGUUGUGAUGGACAACUAAAAUUUCUAUCAGAUCCACGCAGAAAAGUUUUAUUGAAACCAUCAAUCGAUAAACCUAUUAGUCCUGAACUACUAACCGUUUUCAAAUUACCAAUAAAAUAUGAACCAGGACUAUUAUCUUUCACGUCACAAACGAAUGAAAAACAUUCUCUUAAAAUUCAUGUAUCGAAAAUUAAAUUCAAACACCAUCCAUUAUUCAGCCCAGAACAUUUCUUAGCUCACAGAUUAGAAAAUUUAUAUGUUGAACAUAGUUCAAAUACAAACGAAAUGAAUUACAUAAAAUUGCAUAAUAAAUUAAAAACAUUACGUCAAGCUAAACAGAAAAUAUUACAGGCAUUAGAAGUGAAUCCAGAAAAUGUUACCGAAAAACAAAAGGAUCGUUUACAACGUUAUAGUAAGGAAAUUAAAAAAAUACGUGAAUUGCGUUUGGAAGAGUAUAAAAAAUACCGCCAUCUUGUAAAAUCUAUAUUAAAAAUUUGGAAAUAUUUAAAACAAGUACGUGAAAAACAGAAUUUUACAAAUACUUCAAUUCGUUUGGCAAUUAAAAAAGAAAAAUGUUCAUACGAAGAUGAGAAAAAGGAAUGGGAGGAUUUAAUUGAAAUUGAAACAAAUGAAAUUUAUGAAGAAAGAAAACUUCAAUAUAAAGAAGAUCUCCAGGAAUAUAGAAUACAAUUAAGAAAAUGGAAAUCUGAUAAAAGUGAUGAAGAAGAAAAACCAGAAAAGCCGAUUAAAGAUUUUUCAAUUGAAUCAAUACGUAAAGAUGUAAAUGAAAAAUUCGCUGAGUCUUUAAAACCACCUGGAGAACCACGAUUACAUUUCGAGUUACAUUUUGAUAAAGAAAUCACAACAGUUGUUAAUUUUCCACGUGAAAAGGCUCGUCGAAAUGCUGUAAAUAAAACAAAAUUAAUCAUAAAAAUAUUUUUUGACGAUUUACAAGUGUUUAAAACUAACUCGGUUUUUUUGAAUGAUACCUUUGUCUGUGAUUUAAAUCAAACUAUUUCGAUCGAAUGCGGAUCAGUUCCGAAAAAUAUAUUUAUCGAAAUUCAAGAAGAGUAUCGUAGCUCAAAUAAUAAAUGGUCGUUUAAAAAAAUAGCUUUAUCUCCACCGAAUAGUGACAUCACAUUUGAAAAUGUUGAAACACAACGCCAUGAAUUUAAUCAUAUUGAAACUGUGAUAUACACUCAUACUGGAAUUGGAAUGGGUCAUAAUUUCCAAAAUAUUUUUGAUUCUUACUCUUUGGAAAACAUUGAAUCAUUGGAUGAUAUUUAUUUGUCUGGUUUAUUAUAUAUGAAACUGGGGUGGGAUAAUGAACAUACUAUACCAUUAUCGACAAACACAAAUAGUUCGUUAACUGAAGUAGAUCAAUUUGAUCCACAAGAUCCACAAAAUAAAGAUUAUGUGAGCUUUAUUCAAAAAUCGAAAGAUAAUGAUGAUGUAAAAAAUUAUUUUCGUUUAAACGUUGGUGAAGAUAUAUUUUGUACGGAUGAUGAUAUAGAAAAUAAUCCACGAUAUCGUAUGUUAAGUUUACGUGCAAAAGGUGAAUAUGAAUUCCAAAAUGAAGUUGUGCCAAAUCGUGAGAAUGAAAUUGAUUUAAACAUAUUUGAGAAUUAUGAGAAGCGAAAAAAAGAAGAAAUGGAAACAUUUACAAUUGAUGAUUAUACAUAUGAAAAUCAAAUUGAUACACAACGACAAUGGGGUAUUCGACAAUAUCAACAAAUUUUGAAACGUGCGAUUGAUCUUUGUAAAACGGCUGAUAAAACUUAUUCGCUUAAAAAUAUUUUAGUCGAUGAUGAAGUUCCUGAUUUGGGUUCCAUAUUCUUUUCGUUUAUGAAAUGGUUUCAACCGAAACGUCCACUUCGUCCAUCUCGAAAGUCAUCAAAUCAAAAUGCAUUACCUGCGGUUCCAACAAACAAUGUACUCGAUCUCAAAAUUGUAAUAAAUAUUGUACAAGCAUUUCAAGUACCAAUUCGACGUACUGCAGCGAUACAAGAAAUGACUAUGUCUCCGACAAAAAGAUCCAGCAGUGAUUUAUUUAGUUUAAUUCCAGUACGUCCAUUAGUUAUAGCUACAUUUGGUAAAGAACGGAUUAGUACAACAACUGCAGAAGGUUCAAAUCCUACCUGGAAUCAAGAAUUAAUAUUGUCCAUACAGUAAGUUCCAAAUGUAUAAGAUUAAAAAUCGAGUAUAUUCGAAAUUUUUUAUUUUAGAUACAGACAGAAUGAAACAUUAAACGAAUCAAUUUGUUUAAAUAUUUUUGACGAACAAUUAGUUGAUAUAUUAGAAGAUGAUCGAUAUCGCCAAAUCGAUAUCCAUCAAAGGAGACAAUUACAUUGGCUAGCAUCUCUUGAAAUUCCAUUGCAAACAGUUACUGAAACAAAUCGGAUUGAAGGAACAUUUGAAAUGAAUUCACCAUCGUUUAUGAUUGGAUAUGAAAAAGUUAUCCAAAAUAAAGAUGAUACAAUUAUUUUAACUCCAAAAUCGAUAUUUGAAUCGCGUGAUUCAAUCUAUUUAAAUCUUUUUGUAACACUCAUCCCUCCUAUUAAUGGAAUGCAAAUAUUGAAGGACGAUAAUUUGGAGUGUAAUGAAGUGCCGAUUGUGGAAAAUCACAUACGUAAAUGGCAAGAAGAAUAUAAAAUAGAAUUCCCAUCAAGAAAUUUUCCAAUUUUAAUAAAAGAUUCGAAUUGUAAAACAUGUUGUAUAAUAAGAUUUUUAAAAGCAUUGAAUCCGCCAGAUUUCGAUAAGGAUGUAAUUCAAGUACCCAUGGAAAAUUUCUGCAUGCGACUUGUAUCACUAAUUCCAUUUAAAACAAAUGCAUAUUAUGAUGGAAUUUGGCUUACUUCUGAUCAAUUUUUAAAGUUACAAAUUGGAAGUAUUUCUGAUCAUGCAGUAUUACUUCAAUGUUAUUUCAUGCAUUUAAAUAUUGAAUCUUGGAUAGCAUUUGGAUAUUGUAUGCUUCAAGGAAAUACUACUUUUAUCGUGUACAAACAAAUUUCUGAUUCUAACGAAAAGUUAUUCUAUGCAGUGAAUGUCAUCACUGGUUGUAAAUAUGACGUUCGUCAUAGUUUUAAUCCAUUUAAGCGAAUAUAUUGUUUGAUUAAUCAUGAAAAUGUAUGGGGAAAUAUUCAAAAAGAAGAUCAAAUGAAUUUAAUACGGUACGAUAUUACCAAAUCAUCCGAUUGGUUACCAUUAUUCACAAAACAAGUAACAGGCCCUAUGUCAUCAUUUCAACCAAGCACACUUGAAUAUCUUCCAUUAAGCGAUAUCCAAAAAUUGGAGGAUCGUAUUGAAAUCAAAUUAAAAUCAAAAAUAAUGAAAUGGCGUCAACAUACACGUACAUCAUGGAAUCGUCAUGCUAGCUUUUUAAUGAAACAAUUAUUACCAUUAUUAGAAAAACAUCAAAUUCUAGGCAAAUCAGGUGCAAUUGAUUUUAGUGAUAAUCAAAAUCUAAUGUUAGAUAUUCAAACGUUAAUGAAUACACAUAAAACGUAUGGGUUUCCAUUAAAUAUGCCGUAUACAACAAUUCGAAAUAUUUGUGAAGCUGUUUAUAAGACGAAUAUACAUAAUAAUGAUGCGCCGAAUAUCGAAUUUGCAUUGGCUGUACAUUUACAUGAGUAUACCGGUGGAAUUUUAGUUGUUUGGAUUUACAUUUGUACUUUAAUUCGACGUCGUUAAUAAAAAGUUUCAAAUCGUA